GGGAGCGGAAUACUGAGAAGUGACUGGCAGAGCCUGUCUAAGAAAAUACCCAGGAACACUAUACUACUUCUUAUAGCCCAUUCCUGGCAAAGUGCUUUCAUUUAGCUUCCUACACUUCAGGGGCUGGAAAAAUAUUAUGCGCUGGUUCAGAGACUGCUGCUCACAACAGAGACUGUUGCUGUUAUUUGCCCUGAAUUUACCAGGAGGAGGAAGAAACAGAGGAGGAGGAGGAGAAGGGCUUCCUUCACCUAUAUAAAUAAAUAAGGCCAUUCUGGCAUGAUGAUAGACUGGAGCUGGAGCAGGAUGAGGAGCAGCCACCAGCACAGUGUCCCCAGCCCUGGCUGCCACCUCUAUUGUUGUCAUAUGUAAUAUCAUCAGUGUGGAGCAUGGAUAGCAGUCUAGCAGGAGUCACAGCAUCCUAUGCUCAUACGCACACCAUGCGCCUACGGCAGAGAGGCUGCUGAGCAGAUACAUGUGUGUGUCCCAUCAUUGCAUAGACAACUGUUACAGGGAAAAGUUGGCCCUACUUCCAGCUGCGAGUAAUUGAAUGAACAGUGAGGAGGCCCUGACUGGGGAGAGACGGUGACUGAAGUACUGGGAGCCACUGCUACCUGCUGGACCCUUACAGUGCCUGCCUGCCACUGGUGUGCCAGGGAGAAGGGGCAUGGCAGCAGGGAGCAUCACCACUCUGCCAAUAGGGCCAGAUGACGGGGGCAGCAGCCCCUUCCCUCCGGGGAACUUUAAAGACCCUAAGAGACUGUACUGUAAGAAUGGGGGCUUCUUCCUCAGGAUCAAUUCAGAUGGGAGAGUGGACGGAUCCCGGGAGAAGGGUGAUUCGCACAUCAAACUGCAGCUUCAAGCAGAAGAGCGGGGUGUUGUAUCAAUUAAAGGAAUCAGUGCAAAUCGCUAUCUUGCCAUGAGGGAAGAUGGCAAGCUAACUGCUCUGAAAGCUAUAACUGAUGAAUGCUUCUUUUUUGAACGACUUGAGGCAAACAACUAUAACACAUACCGAUCUCGCAAGUACAGUGAUUGGUACGUGGCGCUGAAGAGGACUGGGCAGUACAAAAACGGAUCACAAACUAGCCUGGGACAGAAAGCUAUUCUAUUUCUUCCCAUGUCAGCAAAAAGCUGAUCUCACAG